AUGCCAAGUGUAGGUAUUUGGGUCAGCCGAGAUGAGAGUCACUUUUGGGGAGAGGCGUCGGCGAGGUUGAAAGAACUGACGACACACAUCGCAGACAUGCUCGAAAUCGAUGGACAUAAGCGUUACCUGCCGCCGCCGCCGGGGCGCGAGGGCGGGGGCACGCUGCCGCACCGGCCGCCAGGUGGCAGCGACUACUCGAACCGCGUGCGCGGCCACUCGGACGACAUGCACGAGUGGUCGAUCUACCGGCAGAACAUCAACGCCGGCUUCGUCGACAACGCGCUGCGCAACAAGCGCACGCGGCCAUACCCGUAUGGCGAGUUCCGCCUCGACCCGACCACCAUCUCGACGCUCAUCCACGCGCAGAAGGUCGACUCAAAGCUCGCCGUGUCGCGCGGCGACGGCGUCGACGCCGACAUGCUCAUAAACUUUGGGCUGCCGCGCCCCGGCGUCGGCCGCAGCCGCUACUACUCGACGGACGUGAUCCAGGGCGGUGGCGGGGGGAUGGAGGAGAGCAACCUGCGGCGCGCGCGCAGCCACCCGGAGAACGUCGUCGUCGGCGACGGCGCUCAGGGCCGCGUCGCGAGCUCGCAGUACGACGUGCGGCGCGGCGGCGGCGGCGGCGGACGCUUGCCGGACGGGCGGCGCCCCCGCGCGCACAGCGUCGACGACAUGCUGCUGGAGAAGGAGUACCGCUACUACGGCGAUCAGCAGCGCGGCACGGCGAGCGCGUACGGCGGAUUCACGCGCGACCGCUCGCCGAGCCCCGGCGGCCGCCUCAGCGCGCAGCGACGCACGCAGAGCGCGUACGGCGGCCUCGACGACGCCCGCCGCCAGGAAGCUGCGCGCGGCUCGCCGGACUACCGCAGCACGGCGAACCUGGUGCCGAACGCGGAGCCGAUCAGCAACGCGUACGAGAAGCGGCAGCAGCACGACGCCGCCUUCGAGCAGACGAACGGCGGCGGUCGCUACGACGACUGGACGCUGUCCAAGGGCGCGGUGACGCCCGUGCCGAUCGGCCGCAUGUACGCGCGCAACGACUGGUACUGGGACAAGUACCCGCCAACGGGGGGAUACGGCGUGUACGACAUCGGCGACGUGCCGGACGCGCAGCUGUCGCAGUACCCGCACCUGCAGCUGCGCGACGUCACGUCCGAGGUGCACACGAGCAGCUGCUGCUGCUGCUGCAAGACGAAGCACGUCGAGCGCGCCCUCGACGGCAUCACGUUCGAGCUGCACGGCGGCGAGCUGCUCGCGAUACUCGGCAGCCCGCAUUCGGGCAAGACGGCGCUACUUGAGAUGAUGUCCGGUCAUCGGCCGCCGGGCCUCAGGUAUUUCGGCGAGGUGGUCGUCAACGGCGUGCUGCUGCAGCUGAAGCACCUGCGCGAGACGGUCGCGUACGUGCGCAAGGAGGACCUGCUCAUCUCCUACCUCACCGUCGAACAGUUCAUCACGCUCUUCUCGCGGCUCAAGUACUCGCGCAGCUCGUCGGCCGGCGAGCGCCGCAAGAUGGCAAGCUCAUAUUCGGGCAAGACGGCGCUACUUGAGAUGAUGUCCGGUCAUCGGCCGCCGGGCCUCAGGUAUUUCGGCGAGGUGGUCGUCAACGGCGUGCUGCUGCAGCUGAAGCACCUGCGCGAGACGGUCGCGUACGUGCGCAAGGAGGACCUGCUCGUCUCCUACCUCACCGUCGAACAGUUCAUCACGCUCUUCUCGCGGCUCAAGUACUCGCGCAGCUCGUCGGCCGGCGAGCGCCGCAAGAUGGUUGAAUACUACAUUGAUGGUGCACAGCUGCAACUCUACAGGAAGAGACACAUCUCAGUCAUACCUGCCGAGCAGAAGAAACUCGUUAGCAUUGUGUGCCAACUGAUGCUAGAUACAGAUAUCAUGUUAUUGGAUGAACCGACAUCUGGACUGGAGCCAUAUUGGGCCAUGUUUGUUACCGACUUUAUUCGAGAGUACGCUGACAGAGGGCGUAUUGCAAUUGCAACAAUGGACCAUCCGAACCUCGAAAUGUUCCGCAAGUUUACCAAAGUUGCGAUACUCUCUGACGGCAAGCUAGUGUACUAUGGAAGCAACAAGGACCUGUUGCCCUAUUUCACCUCAAGUCAUUAUCCAUGUCCACCACUGACAAACCCUUGUGAUUAUUAUGUUGACCUGGUGACUAUUGAUUUUGAGUCUGUGAAUGCAACCGAAGAGUCUAUGGAUCGUGUGAAAAAGCUAGCGGCACACCAGAGACAGAGGGCGCCACCGAUUUCCGAUCCUGGCCCCCCUCACACUUUGCCAACGAAAUAUCGCAAUGCAAACUGGUUCAGCCAGUUCUUCUUGCUCUGCAGGUGUUCCAGUGGGAGUCUAACUCAUCCAGCACUCACUGGGCCUAUCGUCUCAUCAUACAACGAGAGAUGCUGACAGACCUCAACUUCAAAGUACAGACCAUCUGUAGACAAGUGACUAAUGUCACGCUGGUGAAUCAAGAGGUUCCACUCGAGGUGCUGGACAACACCUGCUACACGCCGCCGGGACAGGUGCACACGGGACUCGAGGCGCUCGUGUGGCACGGCAGAGACGUCGUCUUCGCGACCUACAUUCCCUGGGUGAUCAUCGCCGCGUUCGCGCUGCUCUUCAUGAUCGGCGGCUGCUUCAUACUCUGCAUCUUCAGCCAGAAGCCGACGAACAAGGAGAAGUUUUACGAACAGCACCCGCACAAGUGAACCGGUAAUUUUCCAUAGAAGACCAAAAUUGCCGUCGACGAGGUGGCGAUCUGUGUUGUGGUGAGGUAGAUGCACGGAAAUUAUUAAGGGGCUCAUUCGAAUUUACACUUGAAGUACAAUCGUUUUAAUGAUUUUUCAAGCGUGGUUAUGGUUGUGUACGUAGGCAUGCAUAAAUAGCAUGUAGUUGAGAAUCUACAAUGUGAAUUGUAAGGAGUUAUGCAAGUUUCUGCGACAACGACCUAUCAAGAUUUGCUUACAAUUUUUUUCUCAUAUACACUGACUGUAUAUUAGUUUCAAAUACUUGAUAUUAUGUUCUAUGAAUCUAUAUAAUCAUUUAGUCAGGCUGUAAACGUCAUAGGUAAAAGCCUUACCUGGUACAAUAUUCCGAGAAUAGGUUAUGAUUAGUUCCAUUUUUUCAAUAUUUAAAUCUUGUUAACCACUAGUUCUUGGUAUACAUAAAUGUAACUGACUAAGUGGGUGGGGCUCCCAAAAAAGCCAAACAUAUAUGUCUGGUUAAACGUUAUUUAGCAUUAAUUUUACAGUCAGUAUGUUGUAUUAUUUUUACUGCAACCUGCAUGGUUGUAGUAUUGACAGACUGUUUAGCAUGUACGUGUAGAGAAAACAGUGAAUGGGUGUAAAUAUAAUUAACAUAGUUUUAUAUAAAAAAAAAUGUGAUGUCUUCAUAAUCAAAAGGUGCUAAAGCAGUGCUGGUGUUGUAGCAGGGCAUAUUCGAAUUUCUUAUGAUAGAUAAGUAUUAACUAAUAAUAAUAAUCAUAUUAUAUCAUACAAGUUUAUUGUAUUGCAAAAAAUUGCUGGUUUUAAUGAUCAACACAUAGAGCAAAGUAGAAUUAAUGGAAGGCUCGACUAUCAAUAAACCUCCAAAUCUUUGAUCAAUUUGUAUAUUUAAAAAAAUGUUAUUUUCGAGAGUUUUGAAUCUGGCUGUAAUUUUAACAGUAAGCCAAUUAUCAGAAUUUUAUUAAUAAAAGAUAACCUCGCAAUAAGGAUGCAUUUCAAGAAUAUUCUUCGCAGUAAUUAUGAUAGUAAUACCUAGAAAUUGCCCUAAAAUAGUUACCUUAUAAUCGAGUUUUUCCACGUUUAGGCUGUUAUAUUCUGUAACUUGAUAAAACAAAAAGGGAGAAUGAAUGUCAUGCCAACUACAUUAUAGAAAAAAUGCUCCAAUGUGUACUAGUGUAGGAGGCCUGUACUAGUAUUACAACUCGUAUACAGAUGAACUAGUGUUGCCUUGCACUAGUCUAACUAGUUAGACAAAAGUAUAUUGAUGCUUCACAUCCAUAUUAGUUUGGGUCAUGUAAAAAAUAUGCAAAGGUAAUAUAUUCAUGUAUGCAGUGGCAAUAUGUGUCUUUGCCAUUGUAUUUACAGACCAUAUUGUUAUGCACAACAUAACUAAGAAUAACUCGACGAGUAAAUGUAAAAUAAUAUGUAGUUUUACCACCAAAUGUUACAUAAAUCUUAUGUACUUGUAAUACUUGUUAUUACCUAGAUCUGGAUGCAUAUUUUUCAGGUGUUGAAACACCCCCACAACUCCUAGCUAAAAUAUUUAACAAGAAUAUGCUUGCUUUUAUGGGUGUGGCCAAUUAUUUUUGUUGGUACUUCAAUUCUGUAGUUUUAACUUGAUAUGAAAAUACAAUACACAUUUGUAAUGAUUA